AUGACCUCCCCCUCCGAGUUCCACGGCUGGCUGGGCCACGAUAAGAAUGCCGCGCAGGGCAACAUGACUUGGUCGUCGUUCAAGCCUAAGCCGUUUAACGAAAUCGACAUUGAUAUCAAAGUCUCUCAUUGCGGAAUCUGUGGCACCGACAUACAUACUCUGCGAUCUGGCUGGGGCGCGACACACUAUCCCGUAUGUGUUGGCCACGAAAUUGUCGGAAACGUCGUACGAGUCGGAGACAAAGUUAAGAACCUCAGAUUAGGUGACAGAGUUGGCGUAGGCGCACAAGCAUUUAGCUGCUUGAAGGACGACUGCGAGGAAUGCAGCGCCAGCAUCGAGCAACAUUGCCCGAAGAUGGUGGGCACAUACAACGCAAAGUACCCAGACGGAAGCUGGAGCAUGGGUGGAUACGCGGAUCAUGUUCGAGUACCGGCGCAUUUCGCCAUCAAGAUACCAGCUGGGAUAAAGAGCGAAGACGCAGCGCCCAUGAUGUGCGGUGGCAUUACCGUGUAUGCGCCGUUGAAGAAUAACGGUGCAGGCCCCGGGAAGAAGGUAGGCAUCGUAGGUCUAGGAGGUCUGGGACAUUUCGGCGUAUUAUUUGCGAAAGCAUUGGGCUGCGAGAAGGUUGUGGCGAUAAGCCGACGGAGGAACAAGGUCGAGGAUGCGAAAGCCAUGGGCGCAACAGACUACAUUGCCACAUCUGAAGACGACAAGUGGGCGCGUAACCAUAGCCGAACCCUCGACCUCAUCAUCAGCACAGUCUCUUCUCCAGACAUGCCCCUUGAGUCAUACCUUCGGCUCCUCCGUACAGGUGGAUCCUUUAUACAAGUUGGCGCACCCGAAGACAAGCUUCCUCAAAUCGCUGCAUUUGGUCUCAUUGGCAAAGGGUGUAAGAUUGGAGGCAGUCAGAUUGGCAGCCCCAAGGAGAUAGAGGAAAUGCUAAAAUUCGCUGCCGACAAGGGUGUCAAACCAUGGGUACAGAAGCGCAGCAUGAAGGACGCGAACAAAAGUGUAGUCGACAUGGAGGAGGGCCAUGCACGCUAUCGCUAUGUCCUUGUAAAUGCCGACCAUGGAGACAGGGCGAAGAUGUGA